GGCGCUGGACCGCAGACUUCUCGGUGUCCCAUCUUCACUCGGUAGUAUUCCUGGUUCCAGUGUCCAGGAAGCACCGAGCGUCUGGUGGUGGUGGUGACUCAUCGGGAAUAAAUUCACAACCGCCAGUGGAGGUAAAACCCGUUGAUAUAAAGAUGAAUGGUUGGCUAAGGCUUUGAGAGAGAGGACUUUCCUUUGGAGUCCAUUACCGGAAGGGCGCCAAGAAGAACAACAAAAGACUUCCUACGCACUUUUAGAUAAUGGGCCCAGCAGCUGAGUAUCUGAAUCCUGUGCAAUAGGGAUCGAGUCUGGUGUAGAACCGACUGAUGUGAGAGGAUAAAGAGGCUCGAACCCCAUAUUGGAAGAACGAUACAUGGAUGACUGUGCAUGACUUGCACAGUCCUGGCCUCCGCAGUGCCGGUGGAUCAUCCACGUUCGUCAGCCAGGAAAUUAAGCUCGAGUCAGGCAUCGGCGUCUAGGCCUGGAACUCCCAUCGUCACACCAAGGACAAACACCCCGUCUGCGUCCAGGCCUCCUUCGCGCUCGGUCAGUCGGCUCACGACCUUUGGCACUCUCCCGGCGGAGCAGCAGCUCGAGGAGGUGGGAGAGGAAGAAGAAGAAGAGUGCCAAGAGAACAGGAAUAAGCAACCACAACAACAACAGCAGCAUCACCACCGUCACCAUCCCAGGCUCGCCAGGAGCAUCAGCCAGGAGUGUGCGGAGGAGAUAGAAUCCAGCGAGGAACUACUGUCAGGGGCUUCACUUUCUAGCAUCAGCGAAAGCGACACCUUCCCGCCGUCGUCCGCGCCUCAAACACCUCCCACGGGAAAUCCGAAUUCAGAGGACGGAGAGAGAUUUGGCCUCAGCGGGACCUGCGGCAGAGCAUCUUGUGUCCGUGGCUUUAAGUCCUUGUCCAGGGCCGUAACAACUGCUUCGGCAUCCUAUAGGGCCCGACACUCAAAGUACUGCAACUGCUCCUCCAGUCAUCUGCUGAACGAGGUCGCAAUGGUGGACGCCCAGGUCAUCUACGCUUCGAGUCAUGACCCCAAUUUUCCUCCGGCUGCUGUCAUGGACGGCCGCAGAGACACCUUUUGGGUGUCAAAUGGACUCUAUCCACAGUUCCUGGUCGUGUCACUGCCAGGCCUCACCUCCAUCGACAACGUGAACAUCAUCGCUUAUAAUGUUCGCAAAAUCUCGGUGGCCCGAAGCAUCAAGAAACAGCCGACGGACUUCGAGGAGAUUGCGCAAGAAGAGCUGCACCAUGAGGAAGGCAAGCUGCAAGAAACGCCUAUCUUAUCUCAGAACGUCAGCGCUAUUUUCCUCAGGAUCACCAUUGAGGAAGCCUACGACCACUUCUGCGCCGUGCACAGACUGAGCGUCACAGGAACGGUCAGUAACCCAAACCCCAGCAGCGCCAGCCUCCCUCCAUCCAAACCGAAGGUGAACACAGAAGCGCCAAGCGUCGUUCCUCCUCCCAAGAAAGACUCCACUAUGGCGAUCAAGCAGGUUCCCACUUACCAGAGGCCACAUGAAAUCGAGCAGGGCUCUCCGAGCAUCAGUUCCAUCAACGAGGCUCCUGCGGUCGAAGAUACAACGUGGCUCCUGCGGUCGAAGGUGGCCGGAGACAGAGCUGCGAAGGCCGACGACGUGAUUUCGAUGGUAGGAGACAGAGCUGCGAAGGCCGACGACGUGAUUUCGAUGGUAGGAGACAGAGCUGCGAGGACCGACGACGUGACUUCCAUGGUCGAGGAGAUAGGCGGAGAUGACGAAGACGCAGACGACGUCUUCCCACUGGAGCAAAGUCCCACCGACAUCUUCCCAGAGGGGAAAAGAUCGAACAUCAUCAAGGUUGCAGAGGGAGACAGCGAUGAUAUGGACGAAUUCUGACGUGGCGUUGAAAGGCUCUGGAGGCUUCUGGUGCAAAGCCUGAAUUCUCGUUUGGUUUCGAUAGAAGAUAAAGUGUUACGGGGCUUUUUGGAUUUCUGUCACUCGUUACAUGGACAUAUUAUACACUUGAAUAUGCAUCAACUGAUGGUCAGUUUAGAACAUUUACACGGAUAAAUUCAGUAAUAAUGGAAUUCAAAGUCCAAUGACUUCUUAUAUUUCAUGAUCUCCCGCAAGCCUCACAACUCUUCUACUUUCGUUUUCCCUUCUAUUUCCCUUUUACCCUUCUAUUCUUUAAGUGGUUCAUCGCAGCAUUUUGGUCAAGUCUCAGUGUGUUUCCCUUUCCAUUCUUCUUCUGUUUUCUGACCUGACCCAAAUCAAGGGACUAAGCUGUCAGUCCAACUGAUUUUGGCUUAAAAUACUUUGGAAAAAAUUCAAGACAUGCGUAAACUUUAAAUUUAAAUUCCAGGUAGGAGAGAGUUUUCAAUUCAAUUCCGAAAUAUAAAUAAACUUUCAAUACAUUUUCAAGAACAAGUGAGCCCUCCGUUCGAUUCAAAGAUCUUGGAAUUUCAAUUUCAAGUUGAAGGUGAGCUUUAAAUAAUCAAGAUCAGAGAAUAGGUGAGCUUUCAGUCAUAUUUUAGAACCCACAACACUGGAGCUCUGUCUUGACCUACAAACUUAUUGAUCAGCCUAUUGGAUUGAAACUGACAUAUCAGGUAAACCUCUUGUAGUAUAAUUUACAAACACUUUCAAGUGGAUUUGGAAUGCUUUUAAUAUGCUGUCGACUGAUGACUUUGCUACUGAGCUGUCAAGAAUGAGUAAUCCUGUCAAAGAAGACUAAGCUUUAAUCGAAUCUUUUAAAGUUGAUUCGUUCGAAAUUUGGAUUUUCAAUGUGGAUUAUAAUGGGAGGAAAACUAUAUUAAUGCAAAAUGAAAGAGAAAAAAACUCAGUACUGCCAACAGUGCUCCGCGCAAAGCACACUGUGGGUCGUACUUUUCUACAGGGACUCCACGACUUAUGAUUAAUCUUUUAUGCAUCAGUGAAAUGCAAAACAAAAACGAGAUUUGAGGUUUCUGUGACUCUUCUUGAUGGACUCUGGAAGUAAGAUAACUUAAGUAAGAUAAUAAGAUAAUAUUAGUGUAGCAGUGAAGUCAGAGAGAGAGAAGAGAGAGAGAGCCUGUCAAUAUUGGAGUUUAUUGUUUUAUCUGACUUUUUAAAUUCUUGAAGAUUCCCACAAAGAAUAAUACUUUAACAUGGUACACUGGACAGAAGUGUGUGCAUUAUAUGUAUGUAUGUAUAUAUAUAUAUAUAUAUAUAUAUAU